AAUUGUGCAAUUUUUAAGUAAUUUUUACGAGAUUUAAACAGAAUAGAUAAUCGUACAAUUUUUUAGGCAAGAAUUAAAUUAAAAAAUAAGCAAUCUCUGAAUCAAUUUUAUUAAAAAUUAACAAUUUAUGUCACAGAACAAAACUAGGACAUAAGGGUAAUUAAUUUUCCAUCGGUAAGAUUAAGCGUAGCGAACGAAUUAUUAUUACAUUAAGAUCUGAUUCGCUCUUCGAUCCCAUUCACCCGCCGCCGUGGAACGCGCGUGCUACUCGAGAAGGAAGACAGAAAAUCGGCGCCGAUCGGAGCAAGAUUAAUUAAUCGUGUCUCGCUCGGUUACACGACCAACUCUGUAACGACCGAUUUGUCAUACUCCUUUGCAGCGACGAGCUUUAUCGAGCUCGUCCGCGAUUUCCCUUCGCGUUAAUACGCGUAAAACGAUCGAUCAUUCGCGCCACCGAUGGCCGCGAUACCAUUCCGCGGCGUUGACCGGACUGGACGGCUACGGAAUACGCGCGCGUACAUACAUAUAAAAGGCACACAGCGGCGCACGAUUUAACAUCGUGUAGCCAGUGGGAUUGCAAUCACGCGCCGGAGUUGCGCCGGACUUGUGCCCAGCACGCUCCUCGAUCGGCCGAAGCGGGAGAACCAGAAGCGAGGAGGGACAGAGAGAAAAGAAACUACGAGGAAGAAGGGGACGCGGAAUCACGAUAAGAAGAUCCAGCACGGGCAUGGAAGCUGCGGCUGCGAUGGAAGAGGCUGCACCUUACAGGUGGGACAGAGACGGCUUCUUUAUUUUGCCCCGAGGUAAGGAGAGGAGGAUGUCGGUCGAGAUCUAGUCCUUCCGUAUGAGCGCUCGUGGAAAUACGCGCGGCAAUAAGCAACAAAGAGGAACAGCGAGGAAGAAACGGUGGAGAGAACGAGAGGAGCGAAAGAUAGAUGGAUAGAGAGAGAGAGAAAGAGAGGGAAGGAGAGAGAAAGAGAGAGAGAGAAAGAGAACGAUUACGAGCCGCGCAUACCGUGGCACGACCACUCGUCGACGAUCAGGCGAGGUAGAGAGCAUCGACUCCGCGCCGCGGCUAGGUGCAACAAGGACGCAGGAAUGGUGACGAUGGCUUGGUGUGGGCGCGUGUCUGGCAGCUGCCGCUUACAGGUGGUGUGCUUGCUUGGGAACCAACCUCUACGGACCGUUCCCACGGAAGGCCUGUCCCCCACUAUGCGGCCCCAUACCCGUUCCCUUGCCCCGUCCGCAUGGGGGCCCUUGCCUAUAUAAGUCGAAGCCUCACCCGAUCGCGGCUACAAUCACGCUCUGUUCGUGUUCACUCGAAGGUCGAGCUGGAGACCGACGUGUUGUCCAGACACACACAUACACGUUUCCUUCCGCCAACCGUAGUGAAUCGCAAUCGUAGCGACGAUUAGAGUUCGACGAACCGGUGUGAUAGCACGAGAAGGUCGUGAUAAACCGAUAUACCGGUUAUCAAGUGAAGUUUUUGACUGUGCAGCGAGAACCCGCCGCAAAAAAAAGGAUUAAUCAUGCAGAUGCACGAGCAGAUUAUCAUAGCCGAUGGGCAGGAGCAACCGAUCUCCAGGACAUACCAGUAUCGUAAGGUGAUGAAGCCGAUGCUGGAACGCAAACGUCGAGCGCGUAUCAAUCGUUGCUUGGACGAGCUAAAGGAUCUGAUGGUGACCGCGCUGGCCGGCGACGGCGAGAACGUGGCGAAAUUAGAGAAAGCAGACAUCCUGGAAUUGACGGUGCGUCACCUGCACAAGCUUCAGCGUCAACAGCGUCUCUCGGCGAAUCCGGUAAUCGACGCCGACCGCUUUCGCGCCGGCUACACGCACUGCGCAAACGAGGUCAGUCGCUGCUUAGCCGCCACUCCUGGCGUCGACGUCGCCCUGGGUACCAAGCUGAUGACACAUCUCGGGCACAAGCUCAACUCCAUGGACAAGACCGGCCCACUGACCAUCCACGUGACUGCACCACAGUCCUCGCCGUCGCCCACCAGUGAACUCAGCGCCGAUGAAUAUCCGAUGCCACUGACGCCGGCGUCCAGCCAGCCAUCACCGGUGCGAACCGAUAUCGACGCCGUCUCCCAGAGCCACCAGGGUCUCUUGCAGGUAGCCAAGCCGAACGAGCCUAUCUGGCGGCCCUGGUAAAUCCUCGCCCAAGUUUCCGAGUGAACCGGCGAAAAAAGGAGAUCUCGAAUCCGAAGGAUUCCCGAACUAUCGCCUCGACGCCGGUGUUGCAAUCUCGUCUGUGAUCUGAACGGAACGGACGUCGCGAGGAAGAAGAGCCAAGAGUCCACUCCCCAUACGACACAAAGAUCACCUAGACUUAAGGGGGAGUUCCACUUGCUCAAAAGCACUGGGACCGACGCGAACGUACCACUGAAACAGAUGUCAUGUCUCCCAAGACGUUCCGUCACCAGCAACUUCGAUAUAACGUUCCACAGGAGUUGGACUGCACUGGGAUCUCGAUAGAUACGUAGUUUUAUUCGCGGCCAAGCACGGCUGAAGCUUUAAUUUACUCAGAUAGUUAAGAUGUUUUCUAUUGUUUAUUUCAUACUUUUAUCGAGGAUGUUUUUUUUCUUAUUUUCUCGCCGAUAUGUAACGUUGUUGUAUAAGUCUCUCAACCGGUCAAGAACAUCGGACGUGGGACAACGACGACAAAUGAUCUUACGAGACGGCGAUUUCGGUGAUUUCGCGAGACGCAAUUUUGUAUCGCGUAGCGCAAACAUAAUAUGUAUAAAAAACGACCGAUCAGAGAAUCAUGUGAUAGAGAAACGUGUACCUGUGAUAUUUACUGUAGUAGAUGUAGAGAGAAUGAUAGUAGAUUUUUAAUAAACAUGUUUCAUAUCAGCAA